CACUCCGCUAUGCAGGGGGGAUUCAUGCUCUACUACCGGAGGCCCAGAUGCCCCCGUAGGAGGGAAGACUGGAGUAAAGGCCCCCUUUGGGGAGGAGGGGGGGCGGGGCGGGGUCUGGGGCUAUAAAGUAACAGGAGGAGCCUAUUAGCUGGGGGAGAGGCUCUCGGGUCCGGCCAGCCCCUUCUCUCCGCUCCGAGCCCCCUUCCCUCUCCCGGCCGGGGCAUCCCCUCACCAAACCCACGGUGCCCCAUUAAACUCCCAACAGUGGGGCCCCAAGCCCCACCCCUCGCCCCACCCCUCGUAAGCCGUAGACCGUGGACUCGCCCCGAACACGCCGGCAGGCAGCCCAAGAGAUGGGGCAGGGGCGGGGCGUGGGCCGGUAUCGCCAGGAGGCGGGGCUUCCUCAGAGCUUCCUGUUUCCGGUUCCCCCAUCGGAAACCGGAAGUUGUCUUCGAUCCCGGCGCGUCUUUCGCGAGGAAGAGGAGGAGGAGGAGGAGGAGGAAAGGAGGAAAAGGAAAAAGAAGAGGAGGAAGAGCGGGCCGGCCCCUGGCCCCGACGUACUGGACCCAGCCUCAGCCCCGGCUCCUGCCCAAGCGCACCCCCUCCCGCCGCCGCCAUGGCGAUGCAAGCGGCCAAACGCGCGAACAUCCGCCUUCCCCCCGAGGUGAACCGCAUCCUCUACAUCCGGAACCUGCCCUACAAGAUCACGGCCGAGGAGAUGUACGACAUCUUCGGCAAAGGGAACACCCCCGAGACCCGCGGCACGGCCUACGUGGUGUACGAAGACAUCUUCGAUGCCAAGAACGCCUGCGACCACCUGUCGGGCUUCAACGUGUGCAACCGCUACCUCGUGGUGCUCUACUACAACGCCAACAGGGCCUUCCAGAAGAUGGACACCAAGAAGAAGGAGGAGCAGCUGAAGCUGCUGAAGGAGAAAUAUGGCAUCAACACAGACCCCCCCAAGUGAGGGGCCCCUCCCGCUGGGCCAGCCCCAGGGAAAGGACCUUGUGGCCUGCUGGCUCACUGUGCCUGUGCUGGGCCGGGCCUGAGGGCACGGGGCCCUCUGAUGGACAAGGGGUGGCAAAUAAAGGUGCCAGGGUGAAACCCUGCGA